AGAUGAUAUAAUUGAAAUAAAAUUAUGCUUUAUUUUAAGUAUUAAGUGAUUAUAUUGUAAAAUAUUAAAAAAAGUGUUUCUUUUUGAUAUUUUAUGAUAUAAUAAAUUAAUGUUUAUUAUAAUUCAUAAAUUUUAUGAAAUUUAUCAUUAUAUUACUUUUGAUCACCCUGCAAUAUUUAUUAGUUAUUUUAUGUAUGAAUUUUUAAACAAUUGAAGUUUACAUAAGAUGUUUUAGUACAACUGAUGUCCAACAGAAACUAAUACUGAGUUUGUUGAAUUCCUGAAUUUGCUUAAAUGAUAUUAAUUCAAGUAGAUUACUUUAUAAUAGGAUUCCAAACUUUGUUUCUGUUUCAAGCUUAUUUUACCAAUAUCUAGUGCUAGUGCGCUAUUAAAUUUACUAUAAUACCAUGGAAGAAUAGAAAAAUUUGAAGAAGAAUAAAGAACAAAUUGAAAAA